CGCCGUGGGAACCAAAGCAUUUCCUGUAAAGAUGGCGGUGAGCAGAGGCUGUGUAGGACUGUGGAGGACAUGCAGCGUGUUGACACCCAGACCCUCGCUCCUGUUCCCCGCUGCUGCCCGACUACAGAGCUCCGCGAGCGGGGAACUGGUGCCCCGGACCUCGCUGUCCCGGCCGCCGUGGGCGCAGCAGACGUGCCUGGUCCCGGAGAAUGAGGAGCGGGGUCGACACGCCGCGGUAGUGAGCACCGUGAACCAGCGGAUCCACGGGCAGGACUUCGGCCGGCUCUUCGCCGUCGUGCACUUCGCCGGGCGUCAGUGGAAGGUCACGGACGAGGACCUGAUCCUGAUCGAGAACCACGUCGAGGCGGAGUGCGGGGAGCGGAUCCGGAUGGAGAAGGUGCUGCUGGUCGGGGCGGAGGACUUCACCCUGAUCGGCAGGCCUCUGCUGGGGAAGGAGCUGGUCCGGGUCGAGGCCACCGUGCUCGAAAAGACUGAGUCCUGGCCCAAAAUCCACAUGCGGUUCUGGAGGAGACACCGGUUCCAGCGCAAGAAGAUCAUCAUCCAGCCGCAGACGGUGCUGAGGAUCAACAGCAUCCAGCUGGCCCCCAGGCUGACAUGAUGAUGAAGAUGAUGAUGAUGAAGGCUGGAUUAUUUCACACACAGACUGCGGGUUUAUUUGUUCUGAGUGAUGAUAAAUAUGUAAACAAACAUGUCAGGGUCCACGAGUCUGAUCAGGAAAAAUCAGCCACAAACCAGGACAGAAAAUGUUGAGUUUACUCCUGUAAAUAACGAUACACUGCA